AGGCCAGCUCUAGCGGGAGGGGCGGGAGUGCCUGGAGUGGAAUUGAGAGCCUCGCAGGAUCCGGCUCCCUCCGCAGCCCAGGUGCAAAGCCUUCCGCGCAGGGGAACCUCCCUCUCUGCUGCUGGAAGCUGCUGCCUGUGCAUCUGGACUUCACGAUCACUUUCGAGAUCCUCUCCAAAGCCUGGCGAGGCAGUCGCGGGCAGUGAUCAAGGACACUCGUUGGCGGUGCAGUCACACAGACCUGGAUUUGAAUAUUACUUCUGACUCUUCUCAGCUGUGUGAUCCUGAGCAAGCUAUUUAAUUCCUGGAACCUCGAUUUCGUCGUCUGUGAGACGCGCUUCCUAGAGCUGAUGAGAGGCUUCCGUGGGAUGAUGCUCAUCACGACCUGUGCGAGCCUCGUAUCCUCAUCUGAGAACCAGGAGCUGUCACAGCAUCCAGAGCAGUGCCUGGCACGUGGCGAGUGCACAGAGCUUGCAUUGCCCGGGCUCGGGGGCCAUGCUGACAUCGCCCCCUGAGGACCUGGCUGCAACCCCAGAGCCCCCAGGGUGGCCUGGAGCCCUGGACUGUGCUGGAGGCUGGAUGGAGUUCCCCGGCUGAGGCCCAGGUGAGGGGCAGAGCAAAAGAGGAAUGGACUGUGGGCCACCUGCCACCCUCCAGUCCCACCUGGCUGGGCCACCUGGUACUGCCUGCCACCCAGUAGCUGUAUGCCAGCAGGAGAGUCUGUCCUUUGCGGAGUUGCCCACCCUGCAGCCCCCAAGCCCUGUGUGUCUGGAUCUCUUUCCUGUCACCCCAGAGGAGCUGCAGGCUCCUGGCAGCCGCUGGUCCCUGGGGACCCCUGCUCCUCUCCAAGGGCUGCUAUGGCCACCGUCCCCAGGAGUCCCAGACACCGAGACUGCUACCAGUGGGGGGAUGCGGCCCAGCAGGGCUGGCAGCUGGCCACACUGUCCUAGUGCCCAGCCCCCAGCUCUGGAGGGACCCUGGAGUCCCCAGCACCCCCAGCCGCAGCGCCGGGCCAGCCAUGGCUCAGAGAAGAAGUCAGCGUGGCGCAAGAUGCGGGUGUACCAGCGUGAAGAGGCCCACGCCGUCUUCCUCGAGCCCGGCCAGGUGGCAGAGCAGUCCCUGGACACAGAGGAGCCUAGGUCACUAGAGCUGUCUGGGCCCGGCCGAGUGGGCCUCCAGGGGCCUGAGCGGAGGCGCUUUUCCGCCUCUGAGCUGAUGACCCGGCUGCACUCUUCCCUGCGCCUGGGGCGGAAUUCAGCAGCCAGGACAUUGACCCAAGGGUCAGGCACCGGAGCACCUCGGGAAGGGAAAGCAUCUGGAAGGGAGUCGCGCAGUGUAGAGAUGAGGGCGGACAGUGUGGCAAUGGCGGCCCCUGUGGACCCGAGCGGGGGCCAUGGCAGCUGGCCUGAGUCCAGGCUGGAAUCACAGGAAGAGCCGGCUCUGGGUUCCAGAAGUGCCAGCGAGCGACGACAGUCACGGUUCCUCCUUAACUCCGUCCUCUACCAGGAAUACAGCGACGUGGCCAGUGCCCGCGAACUGCGGCGGCAGCAGCGCGAGGAGGAGGGCCCAGGGGACGAGGCCGAGGGCACGGAGGAGGGGCCCGGGCCGCCGCGCGCCAACCUCUCCCCGAGCAGCUCCUUCCGGGCGCAGCGCUCAGCGCGAGGCUCCACCUUCUCGCUGUGGCAAGACAUCCCCGACGUGCGAGGGAGCGGUGUCCUGGCCACGCUGAGCCUGCGCGACUGCAAACUGCAGGAGGCCAAGUUUGAGCUGAUCACGUCCGAGGCCUCAUACAUCCACAGCCUAUCGGUGGCCGUGGACCACUUCUUAGGCUCGGCCGAGCUGAGUGAGUGUCUGGGGGCGCAGGACAAACAGUGGUUGUUCUCCAAACUGCCCGAGGUCAAGAGCACCAGUGAGAGGUUCCUGCAGGACCUGGAGCAGCGCCUCGAGGCAGAUGUACUGCGCUUCAGCGUGUGCGACAUUGUAUUGCACCACUGCCCGGCCUUCCGCCGCGUCUACCUGCCCUACGUUACCAACCAGGCCUACCAGGAGCGCACCUACCAGCGCCUGCUCCUGGAGAACCCCAAGUUCCCUGGCAUCCUGGCUCGACUAGAAGAGUCUCCCGUGUGCCAACGUCUGCCCCUCACCUCCUUCCUCAUCCUGCCAUUUCAGAGGAUCACCCGCCUCAAGAUGCUGGUGGAGAACAUCCUGAAGCGGACAGCACAGGGCUCUGAAGAUGAAGACAUGGCCACCAAGGCCUUCAAUGCACUCAAGGAGCUGGUGCAAGAAUGCAAUGCCAGCGUGCAGUCCAUGAAGAGGACAGAGGAGCUCAUCCACCUGAGCAAGAAGAUCCACUUCGAGGGCAAGAUCUUCCCACUGAUCUCUCAGGCUCGCUGGCUGGUGCGGCACGGGGAGCUGGUGGAGCUGGCACCACUGCCUGCCGCGCCCCCGGCCAAGCUGAAGCUGUCCAGCAAGGCAGUCUACCUGCACCUCUUCAACGACUGCUUGCUUCUCUCCCGGCGGAAGGAGCUGGGGAAGUUUGCCGUUUUUGUGCACGCCAAGAUGGCCGAGCUACAGGUGAAGGACCUGAGCCUGAAGCCCCAAGGCAUCCCUGGCCAUGUGUUCCUCCUCCAGCUCCUCCACGGGCAGCACGCGAAGCACCAGUUCCUGCUGAGGGCGCAGACGGAAAGCGAGAAGCAGCGAUGGAUCUCUGCCAUGUGCCCCUCCAGCCCCCAGGAGGACAAGGAGGUCAUCAGCGAGGGGGAAGUCUCUCUGGGGCUGUCAGACCGCCCCCAGGUCCAGUGUGUCAGGACAUACAAGGCGCUGCAGCCGGAUGAGCUGACCUUGGAGAAGACUGACAUCCUGGCCGUGAGGACCCGGACCAGUGACGGCUGGCUGGAGGGGGUCCGCCUGGCAGAUGGUGAGAAGGGGUGGGUGCCGCAGGCCUACGUGGAGGAGAUCAGCAGCCUCAGCGCCCGCCUCCGAAACCUCCGGGAGAAUAAGCGGAUCACAAGUGCCACCAGCAAACUCGGGGAGCCUCCUGCGUGAUGGGCAGCCGGGGCCUGGGACACCAGUUCCACGCCCGGCUCCCAGACAGGUCUGGAGGGGACCUGCAGUGUCUCCGUGCCCCAAGCCGCUGCCGCUGGGACUUCUGCCCUGUGGCCGGGCAUCGAGAGUACAGCUGUCCUCACGCUUCUCCGUGUUCACUCCCAGGGCCGAGGGUGGUUUCUUCCUCUGGCAUGGGGGCCACAGCAGGUGACCUGAUAUCUGGCAAGGACUGGGGCCCUCUGUCUUCCAUGUCCUUGACCCUGCCUGCCUCUUGGUCCCUCUACCAGGGGCUUGGCGAGGAAAGGCCCUGGUACUAACGGGUCCCGGGGCAUAUAUGUAUCUGGGGUCUUCUGGCCAGAGCCUGUGUGGGCCCUGGUUACUGCCUAUCUGUAAAUAAACUCCCGUGGUGCCUUCGCUUGGAGUCCGUGAGCCAUCUGAUGCUGUCCGUCCCCCCCGCCACCCCAGCCCCAUCUCCCCAGCUGAAGACCAGGAGGGUCUUGGGCCGCCUCUCAUGGGGGAUGUGCCCUUCUGUAGAGUUCCCGUCUCAACCAGGGGAGGCUGGGAGAGGGACCUCGGAUCAGACCGCUUUGGGCUGCUAUGAACAAAAUAGCACAUUUGAAUAGGCUUAAAUAUUAAAGACACUUUAGUAGUUCUUGUACUUGUUUCUUACAGCUUCACUAACAAAUCACUGCAAACUAGAUGACGCAAUCAACAGAGGUGUGUUCUCUCACAGUUGUGGAGGCCAGCAGUCUCCGAAAUUGGUAUCCGUGGGUCAAAAUCUCGGUGUCUGGAUGUCCAGGCUCCAUGCUGCAGCAGAGAUAGUCUUGAGGGGAGAGCUGUCCCUUGCCUAGUUCAGCUUCCAGUGGCUGCCAGCACCCUAGACUGGCAGCUGUACCUCUCCGGUCUCUGUCUCUGAGACCUCCGCCUCCCUUUUAUAAGGAUACUUGUGAUUGCAUUUGGGGCCCACCCAGAUUCUUAAUUCUUAACUUAAAUCCGCCUUAUAGCCCUGGCUGGUGUGGCUCAGUGGAUUGAGCACUGGCCUGCCAACCAAAAGGU